AUCUUAUUGAUACUUGUAUAACAAUCACAUUUAAAGUAUGUACCAUAAUUCAUAACCUUUCAUUUAUAUAUUUAAGUAAAACAGAAGGACCAUUGGAGUUUAUAGACCUUUAUCUAAAUUUGUGAUUAUUUCUGUACUCAUGAUAAUGUAUUACAGUUUGAAUGCGUAUGAACAUGUCAUACAGAGAGACUUGUAUAAUUGUAGACUGCAGUUAAUAUCAACCUUUUUAGAUCUUAAAAUCGUAAUCCAUAGAAUGGUCGGAGUUUCGUAGAAGAGCCAGAGCUUCUUUAUAAUUAUUUUCAAAUAUUUGAAUUUAUCCUCUUUGUCCUCUUUAGAGCUAGGAAAGCAUUUCAACACGUUACCAUCUAAUCAAUUCGACUUGUUAUUUCAUAAUAUUUUUCGUCCUUGCUAGUCAGUGUUUAAAACACUGCAUACGUAAUGUCUCUAAUCACUGUAGCAAUCCUCUGCAAUUCCCAUUUGUAGAUAUUCCAGUUUUGAGAGGUGAUAGAAGUGAACUGAGAUCAUUCUGACUUCCAAACACGUGUUUCUCGCACUUCAAGACAAUGAAGUGAUAACAAUCUUUGCUACUGUGAAACUAAUACCGGAUUCUUUCAGCAACUGACUGUUGGUGCUUGAGAGAAACACUAGCCUAAGUAGGAAGUCUUUCUCCAAAUUCAGCACAGCGGCACUCAAAGGAGUCGGUAAGGGUUCUGGAAACUACUGACAAAUUUUAUAUCUUGUAGACCAUAAAAUUCCUUGUUUUUAUUAAUUUCAGGCUGAGGCAAGAGCAGGUCGGCCGACCACAACAAAAAUGGCUGGAGGCGCGUCACUACGGCAACGGAGGCGACACUUGCCAGUGAUAGUUUAGUUCCGGCCCGUUUGUUUGACGUCACGUCCGGACUCCCCGGCGGCUGGAGAGUCCAUUCGUUGUGGCUUUGAACUUACAUAGGAAGUGUAGCGAUCCAGAGUCUCAGCGAGGGAUCUGAAAGAAUGCGAGCGCUGGCGACAUGGAGAGAGAAAGUGGGAAGUCCACAGGUGUUGUCGCAGUUGUGACUGAGCCUCAGUUUACCCAGCGAUACAGGGAAUAUCUCCAGAAGCUGAAACUCUUGGAUAGACAGCACCGCGUGGAGAAGAGGCCAGAUGGCACCGUGGCGCUGCCGGUGCUGGGGGAGACCCUGCCCGAGCAGCACCUGCUGGAGCUGAGAAGUCGCGUGGCCCCGGGCAGCACCUGUCUGCUGACUCAGCUACUGGAUCCUGUUCCUUCGAAGAAGGCCCAAAGUUGUUCACCUGCCCAAAGACUGUGUCUUGAGGUGAGGCGCUGGGUAGAGGAUCGGGGAGUAACGUGGUCAGCUGAAUUGGAAGCCGAUUUGCCCCGAUGUUGGCAGCGGCAUGGUAACCUCUUGUUGUUGAAUGAAGACUGUUUCCAAGCUAAGCAGUGGAAAAACCUGGAACCAGAACUCUGGGAAACCGUUGCCUCUGCGCUUGGCGUCCAGCGUUUGGCAAAACGAGGGAGGGUGGUACCCGAUGGCUGUCGAACUCCAGCAGUGACUCUGCUGCUGGGCGAUCAUGGCUGGGUAGAGCAUGUGGACAACGGUAUUCGAUACAAGUUUGACGUGACCCAAUGUAUGUUCUCCUUCGGAAACAUCACUGAGAAGCUGCGAGUGGCAUCAAUGUCCUGUGCCGGAGAAGUACUGGUGGAUCUGUAUUCAGGAAUUGGUUAUUUUACGUUGCCCUUCCUAGUUCAUGCUGGUGCUGCCUUUGUCCAUGCCUGUGAGUGGAACCCCCAUGCCGUAGCUGCCCUGAGAAAUAAUCUGGAGAUCAAUGGGGUAUCAGAUCGGUGCCAAAUACACUUUGGGGAUAAUAGGACGCUGAAACUCUCAAACAUUGCAGAUAGGGUGAACCUGGGGCUCAUUCCCAGCUCUGAAGAAGGUUGGCCCAUUGCCUGCCAAGUACUACGACAGGAUGCUGGGGGCAUUUUGCAUAUCCACCAAAACGUGGAAUCUUUCCCAGGAAAGAAUCUCCAGCCUCCUGGAAGCAGCAAAACGGAGAAACAGAAUUAUUCUUAUCCUCAGAAAAUUACCGCUAACAAAGAGGAAAGUGGAGCUACCAGGGAGUUUAGAGGGAAAAUGCCUUCAUCAGCCACCAAGCUAGAGUGGCAAAGGUGGGCUGAAUCUGCAGAAACUCGGAUUGCGGCUCUUCUUCAGCAGGUGCAUGGGAAACCGUGGAAGACACAAAUCUUGCAUAUCGAACUAGUGAAAUCUUAUGCUCCCCAUGUGGAUCACAUAGUCUUGGAUCUGGAAUGCCGCCCUUGUCCUCUAAUUGGAUAGAGGAGGUGGAUCUGGUGAUACAAGGUAUCCAUAUGAGUAGGCCCUUAAUGCUUCAGCUCAAACCAAGUUCUCACCCUUUUUUAUCUCCUAGGGACCUUUAAAAUAUUCUAUGGCAUUGGGAGCAUGCUGUACCAGGUGUGUCCAACCAGCAACCUGUAGGCUGGACAUGGCUUGUGUUAUAGUAAAAAAUAUUUUAAAAGAAAUUUUGUUAUUUAUAUACAUUAACUGUAUUUUACUUUCUGCCCAAGACAGUUCCUCUUAAUGUGACCCAGGUAAACCAAGUGUAUCCAUCCCGUGGUCUGCAGAUCGGACAUUCUUGUGAGACCAAGUAAUUUCAUUUGUCUUCUAUUGAUCUCAAUGAGAAUGUGUCAAGUAUCUGGGUAAAAUAGCAUGGCUCAUUAAAUGAGGUUCAUCUAGCCAGGCGUGGUGGCACACACCUGUAAUCGCAGCACUCAGGAGGCUGAGGCAGGAGGAU